AUGUCCCGUCCUGAUGAGGAACCAGUAGCUACUCGUUACAUGUCUGGUUCUGAUGAGGUUCCUGACGAGGAACCAAAACUUCCUGUUACAUAUCCUGUCUUGAUGGGGUUCCUGGCAGGAAACCAAAGAGCACUCCUUCAGUCCCAUCACGAGCUCGUUCUGACGCCCCAUCCAACGGGGAAGAAAAUUUGCGCCAUAUGCCUUGAUAAAGUAAGGAGAGGGCAAGGGCAAGCCAUCUUCACUGCAGAGUGUUCGCACUCUUUCCACUUCAAUUGCAUUGUGGUUAAUGUAGACCAUGGAAAUUUAGUUUGCCCCAUCUGCCGCUCAAAAUGGAAAGACGUACCUUUCCGAGCUCCCAGUAGUAGCAAUAAUAACGGCGCCGGAGGGUCUCGAGGAGUAGUAGUUAACGUGGUUCCUCUUCCUCUUCCUCUUGAUGACUUCUCAGACGAUGAGCCCCUUCCACGUGCACCCAUCUCUCCCACAUCUGGCCCUCAGGGUCUCACUCUCACCACCUUUACAGAGUUCCCUGCUGUUGCUGCUUCAAAAUCCCCCGCAGCAUUCUCUCUUGUUGUCAGCAUCCGCGCACCUCCUCUUCAUGUUGAUGAUGAUGCCCGUGCACCCAUUGACCUUGUUGCCGUGCUUGACGUGAGUAGCAGCAUGGUUGGUGCAAAGCUUUCCCUUCUCAAGCGAGCUGUCUACUUUGUCAUACAUAGCUUGACUUCAUCAGACCGACUAAGUAUAGUCGCUUUUUCAUCAAGGGCUAGGAGAAUCCUUCCUCUCCGAAGGAUGUCUGACACCGGCCGUGCAGAUGCCGUCCAGGCUAUCGAUUCUCUUGCAUCAAAUGGUGGGACGGAUAUUGUGGGAGGACUGACCAAUGGUGCCCGGGUUCUUGAAGAAAGGCGGGAGCAGAAUGCAGUUGCUGCCAUCAUCCUCCUAUCUGAUGGAAAAGACAAUUACAAUAAUACUAACUCUAAUAUUCUUCUUCUAAGCAGCAGCCAGGCCGGGAAAUCAAAUCCACCACCUGAGUAUUUGAAGGAACUGCCAGCAUCAAUUAAUAAUAAUAAUAAUAAUAAUAAUCAUUCCUUGCAGCAGGCAACUAUUCCUGUCCACACAUUUGGGUUUGGUUUGGACCAUGAUUCCACUGCAAUGCAUGCUAUAUCGGAUGCAUCUGCAGGGGGCACAUUUUCCUUCGUUGAGUCAAUUGUUAUGAUACAAGAUGCAUUUGCAAGAUGCAUUGGUGGUCUUCUUAGUGUGGUGGCUCAGGAAGUUAGAGUGAUGGUCAAGACAGCGUCACCUGGUUUGCGAAUUGGAUCAAUUCACUCAGGGAGUUACGUUUCUAAAAUUUUUUCUGAUGAGGGUCAGCAGCAAGGGGUGAUUGAGGUUGAAAAUCUAUAUGCUGAAGAAGAUAAACAAUUUCUUGUGGACCUCUCCAAUAUUCCUCCAGCAGGCUUGUGUUGUACUAGUACUAGCAGUAAUUGUGAAAGCAAGGAAAGGGAGGAGAAUCAGAAAACAGCAUUGUUGGAUGUUGUAUGUUCUUACAAAGAUUCAGUUUCAAGUGAAGAGUUGGAGGUACAAGGGGAGAGAGUGUAUGUAGGGAGACCACAGAAUUUAUGUCCUACAGAUUUGGUAGUGUCGGUGGAGAUUGAUAGGCAGCGAAAUCGUAUAAUGGUGGCAGAGGGUAUUAGAGAAGCACAAGUGAUGGCGGAAGCGGGGAACCUGGAAGGUGCGCAGGCUUCGCUGGCAGAAGCAAGAGCAAGUCUGUUAUCAUCAGCCUCGGCCCAAGCAGGUGACUGCCUUUGCAACAGGCUUGAAGCGGAGCUGAGAGAAAUAAGGGAGAGAAUGACAAGCCAAGAAUUAUACCGGCAGAGUGGACGGGCGUUUGUUCUCUCAGGGUUGAGCUCACAUUCAUUGCAGAGGACCACAACAAGGGGCGACGAAAACAGCCUUGUUGGGUUUGGGUUUGGGUAUGACACUCCUACCAUGGUUAGCAUGGUCACAAAGUCACAGCAACUAACUAACUAA